AAUAACUUAUGUUUGCACUAUAAAUAACUGAUUGUAGAUUCAUUGAAGAUGUGGAUUAAGUAUAGAGAUUUGAUAAUGCAAGAAAUCUAUGUUUAAAAAGAAGAGGAGAAUUCGAUACAGUUAAUGUGAAUUUGAAUGUGUAAAUAAAAAAUUAUAUUGAUGGAGAAGUAAUAUCUUAUUAUUAAAUAGGAUUAAUAUUUAAGAGAAGUUUAAGUAAAAAGUGAUUAAGUGAAUUAAUAAGUUAUGGAUGGUAUAAAAUUAUUAGAAGUAAUAAAAAAAUGAGUUAUGUUUAGUAAAUAAAAGUACCAACUCAUAUUGAUUAAGAAUUGAAUUCUGCUUAAAAAGAAUUUAAAACUAUUGAAUAGAAAUUAAAAUAAACUGAAGAAUUAAAAAAAUGGGCUAUAGAAGAGAAUUAGAAAUAAAAAGCUAAAUUAAUAAAACUUGUUGAAGAAAUUUAACUUUCAAUACUAAGUAUAAUGAUAUAUAAAACAAAAAGAUAAACUUGAUGUUCCUGAACCAGAUAAUAAAACUGGAAUUAUUUUUAAUUGGGUGAUAGGUUGUUUAAUUAAAAAAAAGAAAGGACCAAUAUAAUUAGCAGAAGAACUUAAAUUAAAAGUUGAAAAAAUUUAAUUAUAACCUGAAUCAAUAAUAAAUUAACCAGCACCUCCUUAAAGUGGAGGAAUAUUUGCUUGUGGAGGUAGAAAACCAUUAUAAAGUUCAAGACCAAUAAAAAGAGUUGCAUUAUCAGAAGAUGAAUCAAAAAUGUAUGAAAAUUUAUUUGCUUGGAGAGCAAUUAAAUAAUAUAUAUUUCAUUAAGAUUUUAAAUUUUAAGAUAAAGUUACUUAAUUUAUAUAAGAAUAUGAUAAAUUAGAAUCCUUUUAGAUUAUGUUAGUAGAUGAAAUGGUUUCAGAAAAAAAAGAAAUAAUAAAAGGAAUAUUUGAUAUUGAUAUUAAAGAUUAAGCAAGAAUUCUUAUAGAAAUAAAUGAAAUAAUAUUAUAUUUGUUGAAGGAAAAAGAGAAUGAAGAAGCUGAAAAACUAAAAGAGUAAGGAAUAGAAUAAUUGGAUUAAGGAAUAAGAUAAAAAGAAGUAGAAAUAGAGAUUAUGUAAAAAGAAAAAUCUUAUCACGCUGCAAAAGAAAAAAGAAUUUCUAAUUUAAAAAGCACUUUUUCAUUACUUUUUGCAACAAGUUAAAAAAUAUCAGAUUUUGCUAAAGAAAAGAUGGUCUCAAAUGAUUAAGUUAUUGCAUAAAUUGAAGUUAUGAAAACAUAAGGUUUAUCAAAAGAAUUAAAAGUUAAUUAGGAUGUGGAAGAUGUAUAUAGAAGAAAAAGAUAAGAAUAAGAAGAAAGAUUAUUAAGAGAGUAACAAGAAUUAGAAGAAAAAAGAGCUAAGGAAUUAGAAGAAAAAAAUCUCUAAUCUAAUUAAUCUCAAAAUAAAAAUUUAGAUUCAAAUAAUAAAGAUGAAAAUGAAGAAGUAAAAUUUACUAUAUUUUUAGAUAUAAGUAAAUGCAGUAGAUGCAUAAGAAGUAAAAGCAGCCUAUGAUGAAGUAGAUUCAGAUGAUGAUGAUUAAGAUGAAAAUGAAGAAAAAUAAGAUUGGAUUGUAAUUUAAUAAUUUCUAUUAUUAUUAGGUACUUUCUACUGAUUCACAAAUUAUUCAUAUUUAAAAAACUCUCUUUCCUGAUAAAGUUAAAACUUAAGAAAAUAAAAAUCUUGCUAAACAAAAAAAUUAAGGGGAGUCUUUAAAAACUUUAAUGUAAAAAAGAAAGAAGAAUUGA